UAGUUCCUUGUGCUCCGAAGAACUAGACUUAAUUCGGCCUAGCUGAUAAUAUUGAUGGUUAUUUUUUACAUAAUAACAGAUAUUUAAUAUUUAUUUCCCUUGUAAAUAAGAAUCAAAUGGCUUAUUUAUCAAGAUGUCAAAUCGGAAGGACACUUCCAACUCUCGCAAAAUUAAUUGGGUCUGGUAAGCCAGCUAUAGCCCAAAAAAAUGUCGUGCCAGCUGCUAUAAGAGCUUAUUCAUCAACAUCUUUCACUAAAAACGUUUCACGUUUGUCUUUACAAAGUAUUAAUCAAUUAAAAAGGUUUCCAGGAGCAAUAAAUGCUUUCGCUAGUCAAAUACGUUCGUCAAGUACCGGUGAUCAUGUCCGUCUGUGGCAAUUAGAGCGAAUUGCUUCAGCAGCAUUUAUUGUCUUAUUCCCAGCUUGUUUUCUCCUACAAAAUGCUGUCGUUGAUUUACUAUUUUCAACUUUAUUAGUAGUCCAUACUCACUGGGGAUUGGAGGCACUAAUUGUUGAUUACGCUCGUCCAGCAAUAGUUGGUCCAAUUUUACCAAAAGCACUGAUGGGUCUUUUGUACGUCAUAUCAGUGGCAACUUUAGCUGGACUCGGUGCGCUUAUUUACAAUGGCCCAGGAGUCAGUGGGUCUGUUAAAAAAAUAUGGGAAAUGGGCCAGAAGUAAAUAAGUUUUAUAAUAUAGAUAUUUAUUAAAAAAAAAAAAUGUGUUGUUAAUUUAGAUGAGAAAUAAAAUAUUUAAAAUAUUGUCAUGAUAA